GGUGCGCCGCCGGGAGCUGCCAUCGCUCGCCGCGUCCCGUCCCGUCCCGUCCCGUCCCGGGUCCCGCCCGGUGCCGCCGCCGCCGCCAUGUCGGUGCCCAGCGCCCUGAUGAAGCAGCCGCCCAUCCAGUCCACGGCGGGCGCCGUGCCCGUCCGCAACGAGAAGGGGGAGCUGUCCAUGGAGAAGGUGAAGGUGAAGCGGUACGUGUCCGGGAAGCGACCUGACUACGCGCCCAUGGAGUCCUCGGAGGAGGAGGACGAGGAGUUCCAGUUCAUCAAGAAGGCAAAGGAGCAGGAGGCCGAGCCCGAGGAGCAGGAGGAGGAGGUCGCCAACGACCCCCGGCUGCGGCGGCUGCAGAACCGCGUCACGGAGGACGUGGAGGAGCGGUGAGCUGUGCGGGGAGUGGAGCUGGGGGCCGGGCACA